GUUACUCACGAGACGCAGAACAAACGGAUAGAACAUGAAGAAAAAAACGCGAGAAAAACACGGCAGAGAUUUUGCGAUGGCUCACAAAACGGAGCGGUUUAAAGUAAUUUCUCUCACCAGAUGCUGGAUUUCACUCAUGGCAUUCACAGCGGUGUCAUGGUGUGAGGCCGUGCAGGUCUCAGUUCGUGAUGAGCGCCGCUUUGCGAUGCUUUUCCAGUCAGUGGUUCUGCCAUGUCAUUACACCAGCAUCUCUUCUCAGACUCCAGUCAUCCAGUGGUGGUACAAGUCAUACUGCCGUGAUCGCAGCCGCGAUGCCUUCCGCUUCCCUGACACGCUGGCUGUCCACGGCUCUGAGCUCGGCUCUUCUGUUCACCUGGACUGUGGGGACAGCGGGCGGACAGUGCGCAUUGUGGCAUCUGGACAGGGAUCGUCCAUCACCCUCGCUGAAUAUUACAAGGGCCGUGACAUUUCCCUCAUCAACAAGGCUGACCUGCGCAUAGGUGAGCUGCAGUGGGGUGACAGUGGUGUUUACUACUGUAAGGUGGUGAUUUCUGAUGAUCUGGAGGGACAGAAUGAAGCACAUGUGGAGCUUCUUGUGUUGGGUCAGACAGGUUUUGCCGAUGAUCUUCUGCCUGGAAUUAAUUUGGAGAUUGUUCCAGAGUGGGUGUUUGUGGGCACCGUGGUCAUGGGCAGUAUCCUCGUCAUUCUGCUAGUGGGUGUUUGCUGGUGUCAAUGUUGCCCUCAUUCAUGCUGCUGUUACGUGAGAUGCUGCUGCUGCCCAGAUACCUGCUGCUGUCCUCGACACCUAUAUGAAGCAGGAAAGGGAAUCAAGUCAACACCUCACACACCAGUGCCUAUGUUCCCCUCAUACUACAUACCUGGGAUGCCCACCAUGGUGCCUAUUGCUCCGUCUUCCCUCAUUGACCCAAACCUGUCCACUGCACCAUCACUGGAAAACAAUGGCUCAGUGUGGAGUGGUUUCCAUCUGCAGCCUGUGUCAGAUGAGAGUUCUCUGAAAGUGCUGCAGUACGUGGAAAAGCAGCUCGCUCAGUUCAACCCAUCGCAGACUCUUAGCAGCAGCCGAAACUCCUGCAGUAAGUCUGAGCUGAGUUCCUUACAUGAUGCAGAAACAAAUUUCCAUCAAACCUAUCGACAAGUCCAGAAAAAGGCUUUGCCUUCCAUUCCUGAUCUUGAUGACCUCCAGACCACAGAUUUCUCUCCCAUUCAUGAGGCAGGAUGCACUCAACAACCCCAGCAUAGAAAUCAUGUAGCAGAUGAAAACCCCAGGUGGAACCCUCGCUCAGAGCACUUGCAGAGGAAGGCUUUCCUGGAACGUGGACGGACAGGAUCUUUGGAUGAGCUUGAGGAGUUUGCAAUGGCAUAUAUGCAACAAGGACAUCACAAUGAUCUUGGAAACAGGGAGGGUGACUAUAGAGCAAACAAACUGGAAAAGGAGCGCAAGAGGGAGAGAGACCGGGAGCUGGAACGGGAUCGUUACCCAUUUUAUUGUUCAAAGCGUAACUCUCCGAAGGCCAGUCCAGUGAGAUGUCCACCCGGCCCUCCACUCUUACCUGGAAAAAGACGAGACCCAUGUGACAAUGGUCAACCCCAAAGGAAUACACGAAAGUGGGAUAAGAGCAGAAGAGUUUUCAGUGGUACAGGGAGCAGGCAGAACUACAGUGAUGCCCUUCUCAACAGCUCAUUAGAACGUAAAGCUAAAGCAGUCAAAAGCAGUUCUUCAAAAGUAGGACAGGCUGAAGAGGACUUAGACACACCUUCCAAAAAUAGCUCCAAAAAGAGUAGUGAAGGUUUCCACAGCAGGUCUCCAUGCAACCAGUCACCUCUUGACCGGAUGGCAGAGGAUAAUGAAUCAUUACCAUCCCACACAGAGAAGGAACAGGAGUGUUCCCGUGGAGCAGAGUCUCGACAACAACCUUUCAGCUACAUACGCUCUGGUCACGGCUCUAUGCCAAGUGGGCAAGAGGAGCAGAACCGCCCUCGUAAAGUGAGCACUCUUCUGAGCAGAGACUCACUUGUAGUUUGAUGUCUCAGACACACAAUGGGGAAGUCACCACGCUUGCAAAAACUCCACCGCCAACACGCACUGAUCCAGUGGAGCACUAGCGCUGUGGAAGGCAGGUUUGUGAGGUCUGAACAUGAGUAUUGAAAUAUAACCUACCCUUUUGGCUCAUAGCUUUGACAUUGAGCUUGGAGAAAAUAUAGAGUAUUCAUUCAUGAGGCUCACUGGACAAGAGACUUUUCCUGACAGUUUAAUGGAUUUGUAUUUAGUGAAAACAUUUGCCACACAGUGGAAUGAUGAAGUUUACAUUGAGCAUUAUUGGAUGUAAUAUAUAGCAUAACUACUAGCAUGGUUGCCCUAACAACACCAGCUUUACUUACAUCCCAGACAGCAAGCAGUUUCGGCCCAGAUCUGGCCCACAUUUGGCCCGCAUGGAUUUCAUGCAGGCCAGAUGUGGGCCGGUUCUGGGCCGAAACUGCUUGCUGUAUUUUCAUCUAUAUGCAUAUAAUUUUAAAGUGCUUCAUAUGAAUGGAUUUUUAAAUUUGCUAAAUUGUUACAUUCUGACAACCUAUAUGAAUAAACAUUUAUAAAAAAACAAGACACUUGCUAACUGCUGUGCUAGCUAACUGUGCUUUUGCACAUGUUUGCACAUAACAUGAAUAUUAUUGCAGAUCUUGUUAUACACUCAUGCUUUUAUUAGUAUUGUAAGAGACAGCCAAUUUAUUUUUCAAAGUAACAAAUUAUAAUAUUGUGUGUCUUUAGGGAUGACACUGGUUUCCAUAUGCAAAGCUGAGCAAAGACUUAAAGAUAAAAAAAGAACAAGAUUACAGGGAGUCAGUUGGUUCCAGUGGUUUGUUAUUAAUUAUCAACCAAUCUCAUCAUAUUAGAUAAACAAGAAAAGAUUUUCAUUGAAUUACUGUUGGUUGUGAGUUCAUUGAAGCACACAUCUGGAUCAUGUAGUUGAAGAUUUCUGACAAAAAAAAGUACAAUGUGGAGCUGUCUCCAUUGAAACACUUCAGUAUUAGUACUGAAUACCAGCCUCACAUAUAAUCAUUUAUCUUGUAAAGGCUCAGUCAUUGCUAUCCGUGGUACCUUAAGUUAGAGUUAAUAGUAACAGUGUGACGUAUAUGUACUGGAGACAAGUGGACACUGCACACGCCAGCGGUGACAUCAUGGGACGAUGUGCUCAUCAUUCUGGUGUUGGUUCUGUUGGCGAUCAGGCUCUCAGACUGACAUCGCUGUGUCAGAUAUCAGUCUUCACCUGCAGUGCUUUAACUAGUUACUAGUCUUCUUUUAUCUUUAAAUUGUUAUUUAUAUACGGUAGCUGUAUCAAGCAAAGUGCUUUUGUCCAAAUGCUUAAGGAAAUUAUCAAUAUAAUUAAAAUUUUGCCAUGAGGACUAAAAAUCAUGGCAAUACAACUGUUUACAUUUUUCACAUUUGCUGCCUUAUGGAAUAUGUACAGUGCCCUCCUUAAGUAUCGGAACAGUAAAGACAAAAUAGCUUUCUCUGGUGUGCAGAUAUGACAUUUGCAAAUAUGAUUAAAAGAUGAAUAUGCUACAAAACUACAGAAUGUCACAUUUUAUUAUAAAGUCUUUCGACACAAACAUGUUUUACCAAAUAAAAAGGACAGCACUUUUAGAGUUCAUCCCACUAUUUGAUGUGAGCAUAAGUAUUGGAACAGUUGAAUUCAAGGCAUAUGUAAAAGAUUAAAAGCUAAUAUUUUGUUCCAGAUCCCUCGCAUGCAAUCAGAGCAGUGAGUCUGCAACCCAUAGACAUCACCAGACACUCAUGGUCUUAUGCUUUUCUCCAGCCUUUAAUGCAGCCAAUUCCAACUGUUAAUUGUUUGGGGGAGUUUCUGUCUUUAGUCUGAACUGAAAACUGAACUGGCAGGGUGUUUUGGGUCAUUAUC